AGCCACAAGUCUGCUCAGGUCCAAAUCAAGCUUUGAUUCAAGACAGUAGUCCACUGGAAAUCUUGAAAAUUGGAAAUACAGACAGGAAAAGUUGGAGGCAUCAGGACUGCUUUAGUUUGGCAAUAAAGACCACACGUUUUUACAGGUUUCCUUUUCCUCUCAUAGUGUCAGUAUCAGCAGCAGAAGGAAGAAGUCCAGACUGUGGAGUUCCAUCCUCAAGAUGAUCCCUCACAUGGCCCUGUGCAAAUUCUUUCCUCUGGUCCUCGUUGGGGUUGUGGUGGUUGCUGUGAGUGGGAUAUUUGGGGACCCUCUUUAUGAGUGCCUCCAAGACACUGACUACAGCGAGCUUCUCGACAUUGUGGAUAAAGGUCUUCCUGCCACUAAGACACCCCAACAUGUAGCAAUCAUCGGCGGCGGCAUCGCUGGACUGACCGCUGCAAAGUUUUUAGAAGAUGCUGGACAUAAGGUGACCAUAAUAGAAGCCAGUGACCGUAUUGGAGGACGUAUAGAGACCUUCAGGAACAGAAGAGAAGGCUGGUAUGCAGAAGUUGGCGCCAUGAGGAUCCCCAGCUUUCACAAGAUUCUGCUGUCCUUUGCCUCCAAAUUGCAAGUUUCCUUAAACCACUUCAUCCAAGAUGACAUCAACACCUACUAUUUGGUAAAUGGAGUUCUACAGAGAACCUAUGCUGUGGAGAACAAUCCCGGUGUGCUCAACUACAGCUUGAAUGAAAGAGAGAGGGGGAAGUCAGCUGCUCGGCUCUUCAGCGAAGCACUCUGGAAGGUGAGGGAUGACCUUAAGAAAAUUGGCUGCCGUGCCACGUUGGACAAAUAUGAUUCCUACACAGUGAAGGAAUAUCUGGUGAAGGAGGGCAACUUGAGUCGCGGUGCCUUGAGGAUGGUCGGAGACAUCCUGAAUGAAAACAGCCUCUUCUACACGUCACUGAUAGAGAUGCUGUACAUACAGUCAGACAUCAAUGACAACACUGAGUACUUUGAAGUGACAGAUGGCUUUGACCACCUCCCGCGGGCCUUCUACCAGGUGAUAAAUUCAACCAUCCUCCUCAACUCCAAAGUCAGGCUGAUCAACCAAACAGGCGGCAGCAGUGUGACGGUAACAUACCAGGACUGGCGUAACUCAGGUUCUCUGAAUAGCCUAACAGUGGACUACGCCCUGGUUACGGCCACAGCGAAGGCCACCCUUUUCAUUGACUUCCAGCCCCCUCUCUCCGGUGACAAGAUGGAGGCCCUGCGCUCAGUUCAUUACGCUAGCUCCACCAAGGUGGUUCUCAGCUUCAGAGAGCGGUUCUGGGAGCAAGAGGGUAUCAGAGGAGGGAAGAGCGUCACAGACCGACCCUCUCGCUUCAUCUACUACCCCAGCCACAGCUUCCCCGGCACAGCCGCGGGGGCCCUCCUGGCGUCUUACACCUGCUCCGACGAUUCCACCCUCUUUCAAGGGAUGAGCGAGGACGAGCUGAUGGCCGUGGUCCUGGAGGACUUGGUGAAGAUCCACGGGGAGGACAUCAGGCCUCUGUGUACGGGGGGGAUGGUGAAGAAAUGGGGCUUAGAUCCUUACAGUCUGGGAGCUUUCGCCCUGUUCACACCCUACCAGCAGGGGCACUACGCCCGAGAACUGUUCCAGAGUGAGGGACGGGUGCACUUCGCAGGGGAGCACACAGCUACACCACAUGGGUGGAUUGAAACUGCAAUGAAGUCUGCGCUCAGAGCAGCGAAAAAUAUCAAUAGUCCAACAGUUUAGUUCAGUCUGGCUAAUAUUCUUUUACACAUGUUCCUUCAUAUUCAGUCUGUAGGGUUUGUCUGAUGUAUUGGUUUACUGGUGUAUCCUGUGAAUACUGGCCUGUCAGCACUAACCCCCUCUGAUAUGAUGUAUAUUUUUAUGUCAUGUACAUAUUAAUUGAUAUGUACAUAUCGACUGAUCAGCAGUACAAGGCCUGUCUAUUGGCAGCACAUAAACUGACAUUGUGAUCAGAUUCCACACUGAUUACCAUAAAUACAAGUAGAGUGAUUAUUUAAUUGUGAUAAUGAUUUGCAGGGUUUGUAGUUAUGUGGUGUAUGCCAUGUUCCAGAGGAUUUUCCUUGAUUUUCUGUAGUAAGACUGCAAGUUAACUAAGUAUUUUCAGCACUGCUUAAUCUGCUGGUUAUUUUCUUGUAAAAAGUCAGAGGUUGGGUAAAAUGUCACAAUUUUCCACAAUAUUUGCAAAUUGCUCAUUUUGUUUUCCAACCAACAGUCCAAAACCACAAAAUAUGGUAUACUAACAUGUAAGAUAAGGAAAAACAGCAAUUGCGAUUAACUAGUUAUUAAAAUAGUUGUAAUAUUUGUCCAUCGUCUAAUCAAUUCACCCCUACACUGAAUACCUUUAAGACAAUGUAUGUGAGCAGCAUAACAAAAUAUUGGCAAAACGAUGAAUGGCGUUCCUGAUGGGACAGGAACUCUUUCUAAACCAGCACUCGUCUAGUCGUGUCUUUCAUUCCUGUAUUCUUAAUUUCAUUUCACCUACUUUAUAUUCCAGUUACUUCAUCUAGUUUUAGGUCGAAUAAGUCGAAAGUGACAUAUUUGCUUAGAGCUAGUGCUUUGAACCGUCAGUUGUUUGGGACUUAAACAUGUUGUGUUCCCGAAAGUGAAAAUGCGUACACAUGCGGGUUAUCUUCUCACAUAUUUUCAGAUGAUAGAACACUUUCAGUUUCAGCUGAGCUAGUUUGUACAUGCUGUGUAAAAUGCAUGGGGCAAACAUGUUCUGGAAGGCAGAAUGAAAAGGUCCUGUGUCACCUGUCUGUGAUGUA